AUGACGGCCCCCGAGAACGCGAACGGCGCCGGCCUCACGGAGGCCACCCUGAAUCCCAGGGUCCUCAGCACGCAGUACGCCGUGCGCGGGGAGAUAGUCAAGAUCGCAAACGGCAUCGUGAAUGACCUCGCCGAGGGCAAGGGCAGCUACCCCUUCGACAAGGUGGUCUUCUGCAACAUCGGGAACCCUCAGCAGCUCGGGCAGAAGCCGGUGACGUUCUUCCGCCAAGUGCUCGCGCUGAUGGAGUUCCCCGCGCUCAUGGACGACCCCGCGGUGGCGUCGAAGUUCCCACCGGACGUGAUCGCGCGCGCCAAGAAGUACCUGGCCGCAAUGAAGGGCCUCGGGCCCUACUCGGACUCCCGCGGCGCCCCAGUGCUGCGCAAGGACGUCGCGGAGGGCAUCGCACGGCGCGACGGGUACUCUGCCGACCCCGACAACAUCUUCAUGACCGACGGCGCCACCCCCGGCGUGCACACAGCCAUGAAGCUCAUGUUGCGGUCCGACGCGGACGCGGUGCUGGUUCCAGUGCCGCAGUACCCGCUGUACAGCGCGUGCAUCGAGCUGUACGGCGGCACGCUCGUCCCGUACUACCUGGACGAGUCGUCGCGGUGGGGCCUGGACGUGGGGGAGCUGCAAGCGCAGCUGGACGCGGCGCGCGCGCAGGGGAAGACGGUCCGCGGGCUCGUCGUGAUCAACCCGGGCAACCCGACGGGCAACGUCCUGUCGUACGAGAACCAGAAGGAGGUCAUCGCGUUCUGCAAGCGCGAGGGCCUGGUGCUCAUGGCGGACGAGGUGUACCAGAGCAACAUCUACCGCGAGGGCGCGCAGUGGCACAGCUUCAAGAAGGUCCUGUGCGACAUGGGCGAGGCCGACCUGCAGAUGAUCUCCAUGAUGAGCGUCUCGAAGGGCUUUUACGGCGAGUGCGGGCGGCGCGGCGGGUACAUGGAGGUCCUCAACAUCUCCGACGGCGUCAAGGACCAGAUCUACAAGAUGCAGAGCAUCUCCCUCUGCGCCAACACCUCCGGCCAGGUCCUCACCGCGCUCGUCAUGAACCCGCCGCAGCCCGGGGAGCCGUCGUUCGAGGUGUACGCGGCGGAACGCGAGGGGCAGCUCGGGUCGCUCGCGCGCCGCGCGAAGCUCGUCGCGGACGGCCUGAACAAGCUCGAGGGCGUGUCGUGCCAGCCCGUCGACGGCGCGCUCUACGCGUUUCCCACCAUCACCAUGCCGGCCAAGGUCAAGGAGGCGGCGGCGAAGCAGGGCCGCGCGCCGGAGUUCCUGUACUGCCUCGAGCUCCUGCAGAACAAGGGCAUCCUCGUCGUCCCGGGCGCGGGCUUCCGGCAGAAGGACGGCACCGCGCACUUCCGCACCACCAUCCUACCCAGUGAGGAGGACAUGGAGGGGGUGAUGGAGGAGAUGGCGGCGUUCCACGCGGACUUCAUGAAGCGCUGGAGCUGA